UGCCCCUCCAGAUUUACUCUGUCCCGAUGCCAAAUUCCAAGCGCUGUCUUCCCUUUUUGCUCUUCAUUUUCUUUUCUAUUUUCUUGAUUGCCUUCACCGUAAAAACAGAAAGUGCUGGAAAUGGACUAAACGGAACCAGGGAUUCCACCAGGCUGGUGUAUGAUAUUGGUGUAGUUCUAGAUGUGAACUCAAAAAUGGGUGCUAUGGCAAAUAUAUGCAUGUCCAUCGCUCUUUCAGAUUUUUAUGAGGAACACCCUAAUUAUGGAACGAGACUGUCUCUACAAAGAUGGGAUUUGCUUGAUGGGGUCACGGCAGCUUCAUCAGAAUAUCGACCACAACGAUCAGCUGAAGCCUCAUUUGCAAUAAGACUUGAGGAAACCUCUUCUCCCUCCGACCGUCCUUAUCUUAUCAGAACAGCCUCAGCUGACUUCUCUCGCCUAGCAAAAGCUAUGGUUGCCACUUUGGAAAAAUUUGAAUGGAACCAAGUUAUACUUAUAUAUGAAGACAUGGAGUAUGGCAACAGAAUUAUUCCUUAUUUAACCGAUGCAUUAGAAAAUAGGGACAUUGAACUAUCACACAAGAUUGCAAUCCCCACCUCUACCAGAGAUUUUCAAAUUUUAGAAGAGCUAAAAGUGCUGAUGACCCUGCAAAGUAAGGUAUUUGUGGUGCAUAUGACUACAGCGCUUGCCUCUCGUUUGUUUGUUGUUGCAAACAAGGCAGGAAUGAUGAACGAAGGAUUUGCAUGGCUUGUGACAGAUGGUUUAUCCAACUUUUUAGAUACCAGGGAUCCUAUGGCUAUUGAUUCAAUGAAGGGUGUAAUAGGCGUAAGGCCUUAUGUACCCAAGACGAAAGCUCUCAGGAACUUCAAAACCAGAUAUAAAAGGUUAUCCUUGAUGAAGCAAAACAAGGAGGCAGGUGAACUAAAUCUCUUUGGCUUGUGGGUUUAUGACACAAUUUGGGCAUUAGCUAUGACUGUGGAGAGAAUUGGGACUGUGAAUUUGGGCUUCUUGAGAAUACUUGAGGAAGUCUUGGACACUACUUUUAGAGGGAUCAGUGGAGAUUUUGACUUAGUCAAUGGGCUGUUGCAGCCUUCGACCUUUGAAAUAUUUAGUUUAACGGCAAAAGGACAGAGGAUGAUUGCCUAUUGGACGCCUACCAAGGGAAUAUUUAGAAAUUUAGAUUCAGCUAGAACAGCAAAUUCAACUUCUAGGAGCAAGCUCAAAAAAAUCAUUAGACCCGGAGACAUCCGAAGAACACUCAAGUCAUACGAUAUGCCUACCAUUGGAUACAAGUGGAGAAUAGGGGUUCCAAGUAAGAAAGGGUACACAGAAUUUGUGAACAUAAAUCCUGGGAAUAAGAAGGGCAAUGACGAUAAAUUACCUGGGUUCUCCAUAGAGGUUUUCAAAGCCGUAUGGGAGACCUUGGCCUUACCUCCCAACACUGAUUACGAAUUUGUAACCUUUGAUGGACCUUAUGAUGAUCUUUGUUGCCAAGUUAAUGAUAAGAAAAUCGACUCUGCCGUAGGAGAUAUCACGAUUGUGGCUAGCAGGACAAAUUGUGUUGAUUUUACAUUGCCAUAUUUGGAGACAGGGGUAGCCAUGCUUGUAAAAGUUCGGCACGAUGGGACAAAAGACAUGUGGAUAUUCUUGAAGCCUUUGAGCUGGGAUCUAUGGUUGACAAUAAUCUCCAUCUGCAUUUUCAUAGGGAUUGUUGUUCGGGUUUUAGAGCGUCGUGAAAAUACAGAAUUCAACGGACCACGCAGAAGGCAGCUGAGCACAAUUUUGAUGCUUCCAUGCCUAUCCGUUGCGAUUCCUCAAAGAGACAUGGUAGUAACCAACUGCUCAAAGUUUGUGUUGGUCAUAUGGAUAUUUUUGGCAUUUGUUUUGAUACAGAGUUACACGGCAAAUCUUUCUUCAAUCUUAACAGUCAAUCAAUUACAGCCGACAAUCCCGAGUAUCAAAGAACUCAGAACACUUUAUGUUGGCUACCAGAGUCAGUCAUUCGUAAGACAUUUCCUGAUAAACCAGUUGGAGUUUAACGAGUCUAUGCUUAAACCAUAUGGCUCUGUUGAUGACUAUCAGGAGGCCUUGUCCAAGGGAUCUGACAAUGAGGGAGUUGAUGCCAUCUUUGAUGAAAUUCCCUAUAUUAAACUCUUUCUCGCCGAAUAUACUACUGGUUACAUGAUGGUUGGACCCACCUACGGAACCGAUGGUUUAGGUUUUGCAUUUCCGAUAGGCUUUCCUCUUGUUGCUAAUUUUUCGAGGGCAAUCCUAAAUUUUACUCAAGGAAAAUACAUGUCUUCAAUCAAGAAAAAGUAUUUCGGCAAAAUAUCCAUAGAUCAAGAGGAGACUGCGCCAAUCUCUUCGAGUAGCCCUAGUCUUACUUCAAGGAGCUUUGCAGGGCUUUUUAUCGUCAUUGGGAUUGUUGCAUUUUUAGCCUUGCUUGUCUCAGAAAACCAUAUUUUGAGAGGAAUCGUCCAAGGAUACAUCUUCCGCAAUUCUUAUGAUGUCUCGGGAUCAAGAGUUCCACCUACAGCUGAGACGACUGUUACUACCAGUCCUCCUGAAAUCAAUAAUGUUCAAGAAAAUCACAAUUCUAAUUACCAGAGUAACAGAGAUGAAUCUACAGAAGAAGCUAUCUUGGAAGUCCACAGUAACAGAGAUGAAUCUACAGAAGAAGCUAUCUUGAAGUCCACUUACCAUAGCAUUUAGCAGCUAGGUACAUAAAUAUGAGGGCAUUCAGACAUAC